GUGAAGUUUGGUACUAAGGAUUUACCUAAUGAGCUGCUACAUUCUUUGACACCAUAGUUCUAUUUGAAUCAAAUUUAUAUGUUAGAAAAUUGCCGUUAGUUCAUGCUUUGUUUGCUGUUUCAAUUCAUGAAUAACUUUUGUCUAGCCAACUAAUUAUUGUCUGUUAUGGAUAGCACAGAAAGCAAAACCACUGCACAGCACACACAAAUCGAUGAUUUGAGCUUCACCGCCAGUGGCAGCCGGGAUAACAAUUUGCCUGACAGCGAUGAAGUCGUCGGUGGUCUUGCAGGAGCUAAUUCCUUAUCUAGCUCAGCCUCCUCGCCUGCUGGCAGGCUAUGGCCAGCCACUUCCUCUCCAGCAGAUAAUGUAGCUCAUCAAAAUAACAGCUCCUCUCCUGUGGGAGAAGAGCAAGAAUUCACUACUUAUCAGGAAGAUGAAAAAAUUGCUGUACCCCAGGCUGAUGGCAUAUUCAGCUUCAGAAAGCUUUGGGCAUUCACUGGGCCUGGCUUCCUAAUGAGCAUUGCUUACCUGGACCCUGGCAACAUCGAGAGUGACUUGCAGAGUGGAACUAUUGCUGGCUUCAGUUUGCUGUGGGUGCUGAUGUGGGCGACGGUGCUCGGUCUCCUCAUGCAGCGCCUGGCCGUCAGACUCGGCACUGUCACGGGGCUGCAUCUUGCAGAGGUAUGUUAUGCAUAUUAUUAUAGAUAUAACAAUAUUAUCUGCUUAUACCUAUUUGUUGAGCGUAAACUCUUGUUUAUGAUAUGUUCUUCUGUUCAUCUUUAAUUUACAUCUUUCUUCAUGUUCAGUAUCCCGCUGUGGGGCGGUGUUCUCAUCACCAUAGCGGACACGUUCACAUUCCUCGCGCUGGACCGCUAUGGCCUGCGUAAGCUCGAGCUUUUCUUCGGGAUUCUCAUCUCUGUGAUGGCCGUCACCUUCGGGUACGAGUAUGGCGUCGUCGCGCCCAACCAGGCGUCGGUGAUGUCGGGCCUGUUCAUCCCGGGGUGUCGGGACUGCGAGCCCGGGGCCGUCCUGCAGGCCGUGGGCAUCAUUGGGGCCGUCAUCAUGCCCCAUAACCUGUACCUGCACAGCGCCCUGGUCAAGUCGCGGGUGGUGGACAGGAGCAAGAAGGAGGAGGUCAAGGAGGCCAACAAGUACUACAUGAUCGAGUCCUGCAUCGCGCUGCUCGUGUCCUUCAUCAUCAACGUGUUCGUGGUGUCCGUCUUCGCUGAAGGACUGCACAGCAAAACCAACCAGCAAGUUCACGACAUUUGUGUUGCCGCCGGCAGCGAGGAUGCCGACAUUUUCCCUGCCAACAGCACAGAGCUGGUGGAGGCAGACAUCUACAACAGCGGGGUGUUCCUGGGCUGCGCGUUCGGCGCGGCCUGCCCCCUGACGGGUACCGGUACCUAUGUUGGCCAGUUCGCCAUGGAGGGCUUCUUGAACCUGCGAUGGAAGCGAUGGCAGCGAGUGUUGUUCACCCGAGUCAUUGCCAUCACUCCGACCUUCUUCAUUGCCUUCUACCAGGACGUUGAGAACUUGUCCAACCUGAACGACUCUCUCAACGCUGUAAUGUCGCUCCAGCUUCCUUUUGCGCUGCUACCAACCAUAACCUUCACGUCCUCCACCAAGAUUAUGGGACAAUUUGCUAAUGGAGUGUUCAUGAAAGUGUUGUCGGUGUUGCUGGCUGUGGUGGUGAUCUCGAUCAACCUGUGGUUCGUUGUGUCCGCCAUCCAUACGGGACUGAAGGGCUUCUGGUGGCAAUACCUCAUCAUCGCGGUGCUCGCCACCUUCUACUUCGCCCUCAUCGCCUACCUCGUCAUCUUCCUUGUUUACGCCUUCGGCUUCACUGCCGUCAGGUCCAUACCGUACAUAUCCGAGCAUCUGAGUAACUACGACCUCAACCACUAUGACACAGACUGGGACGACCGCCCGGCCACGUCUGCGACGGCCCUGCAGCC